AUGUCCUCACCAAAACCACCACCAAGCGGCGUAUGGGCGCCUGCUAUCACAUUCUUUGAUCAUGACACCGACACAUUGGACACCGAGUCUCAGGCGGCUUAUUACUCAUAUCUCUCUAAGACGGGCCUAGCAGGCCUUGUCGUCCUCGGAACGAACGCCGAGACCUUCUUGUUGACGCGUGAAGAACGCAAGGAGUUAUUGCAAACAGCUCGUCAAGCAUGUGGACCAGACUUUCCCAUCAUGGCUGGUGUUGGUGGGCACUCAACGAAGCAAGUUCUCGAGUUCAUUGGCGAUGCAGCGGAAGCUGGAGCCAACUAUGUCCUGCUUCUACCCCCAGCCUACUUUGGCAAGCAAACGACACCAGAGGUUAUCAACAACUUCUUUGAUGAUGUAGCCACAAAGAGCCAGCUUCCAAUCGUCAUCUACAACUUCCCUGUCGUUUGCAAUGGUAUCGACUUGGACUCUGCCACCAUUGCUGCCUUGGCCAAAAAGUACAGCAACAUUGUUGGCGUCAAGCUCACUUGCGGAGCUGUAGCCAAGAUUACCCGUCUUUCAGCAGAGCUUCCAGAGGAACGCUUCUCGAUCUACGGUGGCCAAUCUGACUUCUUGAUCGGAGGACUAGCAGCUGGGUCACAUGGCACCAUCGCCGGAUUCGCCAAUGUUGUUCCUAAGACAAUAGUACACAUUUACAAUCUCUAUCAAGACGGCAAGUUUCAAGAAGCCAUGGCUCUGCAUAAGAAAGCUGCACUCGCUGAGCAACCCUGUAAGGCGGGUAUUGCAGCAGUCAAGUACGCUGCAACACUUAGCACUGCAAAGGCUGCGGGGAUCAAGGGCGCGGCAAACAAGCUCAAACCAAGAAGACCUUAUGUAGAACCAUCUGAUGCUGCAAAGAAGAGCAUUGAAACUCAGAUUGCCGACAUGUUGGACUUUGAGGCUACGCUGAAGCCAGCGAUAGAGAAUGGACACACAAAUGGGACAGCGAAGGAGGUAACUAAUGGGGUUACGAAUGGAGCACACAAUGGUGUGGCGGUUCAUUGA